ACAUCAUGAUCCAACAAGAGAGUGUGUCUGCUGUUACUGCUGUCCCAGGCAAUGUCCAGCCAUUGGAAAUGACGACUUACCCGGCACCAGCAACUGUGCUCCAGUACAAUACAGGCAGUACAAACUUACAAAGACCACACAUUGUGAUCCAGAAUCCAGCUGGACUGACAGGCCUGCAGGCCCAGCCCACUGUACUACAGUAUCCAGUAGGAAUGGCUGGUGUGCAGCCUUCACCAGGAGUGAUCCAGUACUCACCAGAAAUACCAAGUGUCCAGGUCCUGCCUGGAAACCCUCAGAAUCCCCUGAACACUGUCCCGGGGCCAACACAGACCUCAAGCAAUCCCCAGUGGAACAUGUCCUUUAUGUCCUUUCCUGAAUUUGAUCCCAAAAAAUUCAUAAGUAAAGAGGUCAGAACAUUAGGGGGUAUCCAGAUCCUCAUUGGCCUGUUUCAUAUCGUCUCUGCAGCCAACCCUCAACUAUACUGGAGCUAUUCUGUGCUGGGGAUAACAGGGUACCUGGUCUGGGGAGGGCUAUCUUUUAUCAUCUCUGGAUCCCUCUCAAUCUCAGCUGAAAAGUCUGCCAACAGUUGCAUGGUGAACGCCAGCAUCGGCAUGAAUAUCGUCAGUUCCAUCUUCUCCCUUGCUGGUAUCAUCAUUAUCAUUGUAGAUCUGUGUGUUUACAACUCUGGUCUUGGUUCACUGGUGGAUUGUUUGAAAGCAAUCACUGGGGGUCUUCUCCCCUUUGCCUUCCUGGAAUUCAUCAUCACCUGUGUGGUCUCACAUUUUGGGUGCCAGGCUACAUGCUGGACCCAUUUUGAGAACAUGACUGUGAUCUCACCCAUGGUCAGUGGCAACACGGUCAACAUGACCAAUGGACCUGUCAACACCACCAGCCCAGCCAGUGCCACCAACAUCCCAGUUCAGGCCACUGUCCAUCCCACUGUCCCCAGUAAUGCUUACCCUGAAAACUUAUACAUAAAUGGAGCUGAUCUUACCCAGAAAUAG